AUGGCUAAAUUUAUCAUUGAUAAAGAGUUCUUUGGCAAUGAAGCAAAAAUCAUUAAAUUCACCAAGCUGGAGUGCAAGGACUAUGACAAAUCCUUUAUCCAGUUCAAGCAAUGCCAAUUGAAGGCGGUGGGACGCAAUCGCAUUGCCUUGCAAUUGCAUGGUGAUUUGAAGAAGAACAUCGACGAAGAGCUUACAAUCAAUGCAGAACUAUUUAGGAAAAGUCAUGAUUUCCGUCCAUUCAUGUACAAUGACACCAUGGAGUUUUGCAGCUUUGUAAGAAAUCCCAAUCGCUACAUGUUUUGGAAGAUCUUGGUGCAGGAUAUGAUACAGUUUACAAAUAUCAACCACACCUGUCCCUAUGAGAACGAGAUCAUCAUCAAGGAUCUUAUUUUGGAGGAGAACAUGUUCAAAACCUUACCCUUUCCCGGCAAUGACUACAUGGUUCAUGUGAAGGCUAUCCUGCAGAAUGAAAUCAAGGCGGAACUUAAGGUCUAUGUGGUGUUGAUUGAGUGAAAGAGUUUUGUGGGGCGCACUCCCCCUACCGAAAAACUCUGCUGUUGCUGUAAUUA